UUCAGUCUCAUAUAUAUAUUUUGAGUGGCGCAUCAGUCUCAUCUUCCUCCAUGGCUCUAAACAACUUUUUGACUUUCCAACUACUCCUUCUUCUACUUCGUGUUUCAUCGGAAUCUCCAUGGAUCGUCGCCGGAGAUGUGUCUCGAAUCCCGAUCAAUUUCCUCGAAUUAGCAAAGAGCCCGGAGGUUUUCGAUUCAAUGGUGAGAAUCAGAAGGAAAAUCCACGAGAAUCCUGAGCUGGGAUACGAGGAAUUCGAAACUAGUAAGUUCAUUAGGUCGGAGCUUGACCUUAUCGGAGUUAAGUAUAGGUUUCCGGUAGCUAUCACCGGUAUUAUCGGAUAUAUCGGUACCGGAGAACCACCAUUCGUCGCUCUAAGAGCAGAUAUGGAUGCUUUGCCUAUUCAGGAAGCUGUUGAGUGGGAGCACAAGAGCAAAAAUCCUGGAAAAAUGCAUGCUUGUGGACAUGAUGGUCAUGUUGCUAUGCUUCUUGGUGCUGCUAAGAUACUUCAACAACAUCGCCAACAUUUGCAGGGAACUGUGGUGCUUAUCUUUCAGCCAGCUGAGGAAGGUUUGAGUGGAGCAAAGAUGAUGAGAGAAGAAGGAGCGUUGAAGAACGUUGAAGCUAUUUUUGGUAUACAUCUUUCCCCCCGGACUCCCUUUGGGAAAGCUGCUUCACUUGCAGGUUCAUUUAUGGCUGGAGCUGGAGCUUUCGAGGCUGUAAUCACUGGGAAAGGAGGUCAUGCUGCCAUCCCUCAGCAUACAAUAGAUCCUGUUGUUGCAGCUUCAAGCAUUGUCCUCAGUCUUCAACACUUGGUUUCACGUGAAACUGACCCUUCGGAUUCAAAGGUGGUCACAGUUACUAAGGUUAAUGGAGGCAACGCGUUCAAUGUCAUCCCUGAUUCAAUCACCAUAGGAGGAACUCUUCGAGCCUUUACCGGGUUUACUCAGCUUCAGGAGAGAAUCAAAGAGGUGAUCUGAUCCUUUUUGAUUUUUUUCUCUGUAUGUUAUUUUACCAUAGAAUCAACAAACCCUGGUUUCAACUUUUGAUUCUAGAUUAUUACAAAGCAAGCAGCCGUUCACCGAUGCAAUGCGUCCGUGAAUCUAGCACCCAAUGGUAACCAACCGAUGCCACCAACUGUGAACAACAUGGACUUAUACAAGAAAUUCAAGAAGGUGGUUAGGGAUUUGUUGGGUCAAGAAGCUUUUGUGGAAGCAGUGCCUGAAAUGGGAUCCGAGGACUUCUCAUACUUUGCAGAAACAAUCCCGGGCCAUUUCUCCCUCUUGGGAAUGCAAGAUGAGACCCAAGGUUAUGCGUCGUCUCAUUCACCACACUAUAGAAUCAACGAGGAUGUUCUUCCUUACGGAGCUGCUAUCCAUGCAACGAUGGCAGUACAGUACCUCAAAGAUAAGGCUUCUAAAGGUUCUGUCUCAGGCUUUCAUGACGAACUCUAAUCCCUGUCAACCUUGGUACAGUUUCCUCAUCGGUCAUUGGUUCGAAUUCAGAAGUACCAAAUUUACACUCCAUUGUUGAUAGAAUUCCAUUUAAAUGAUGAAAAGCCUUAAUUCGUAGAACAAUUUCAAUUGGGAAAUUCUCAACUUUUAUGAUAUGUUUGUGUAACUGUAACAUACUGGCAUAAUCUUAGAACAUGAAUUAUAAUUAAUAGGCUAGUCUUGUUGUAAUGCAUUGGCAAAACCACACCUUUUAUGUUUAUAUUGAUCAGAAUCGGAGAUUUUAAGCAUCAAUUUACAUUCUUUGGAAGGAAAGAAACUCAAGAUUGCAUAAUGC